AGUAAUGACUGCCCUGUGUGUACCAGUCUCACUUAGUUGUUAAAUCAGACACGGACCUCCAGAGGGCACCAAAGCCCUUUUUUAUUUAAAUCUAUGUCAUCAAACGGUUUGCAUGAGUUUCAUUAGAGAGAGAAAAAUUGAAAUUCCCCUGAGUUAAACUAGGUUAGACUCCAACCUUCAGUUUGAUCAUUUUAAUCAUCUUUUUCACCGAGUAACAUUCAGAGUUCACCUUUAAGUUUACCAGACUGUAGAAAACAGCAGGCCUGACUGAUAGUGACUCGUUGUAAACUGCGGGAUGGCAAAUCUCCUUUUCUUUUCCAAAGGAUCCUCAACUGUAUCCUCUGAUAAAGGAGGCAAUAAAGGAGGCCCUUAAAGAUCUAGCAUUUAGAGAAAUCAGCCAGCUCUGACAGAAACUUCAGGCAAACUGACUGUGAAACAUGAGACACCACUGGGAACAGACUUGUUAACAAACAUUUGCAUUCAGAGCAGCCUAAUAUACAAAGCAGUGUGAACCAACAACACAGUGUGUGUGCACAGUGUUGUUGGUUCAAACUGGCUGCAGAGUCACUCCCUGUGCAUCACCAGUGGAAAAAUACUGAGAACAGUACAGUAUGUUACACACCUCAGAUUUCUGUGUUAGAUUCCAGAUGUUAGGUCAGCUUUGGUGUUCCACUGUCACACUGUAGUUCUAGUUUUAGUCAUAUAAAUAAAUAUAAAACAGUCGGGAAAACAUCCAUCCCCCAUACAGAGGUGUUAAUACCCACUUAAACCAUGUUUACCUAGUAACUUUGGUCAGUUAACCAGAAAAUUAAAACACGUAACAAAGUAGAAUUUUUAUAUACAUUUCUUAUAUAUUUAUGUUACACAAAAUCAAUCAAACAAGAAAACAACAAAAAAAAUAUCAUUUACAUUAUAUUAUAUUAAACAAAGUAUGCUGAAGAAGGAGACCACCGAGUAGAUUUCUGGAUGUAGUGAAGGAGAUGCUGAGUGUUGGUGCGACUGGAGACGAUGUCGGGUAAAGUGCAGGCAGAUGAUCCUCUGCGGUGACUCCUACAGGUAGAAGCUGAAAGCACAAGAGGAAAAGUCGCUCCUCUGCGACAUUUGUGAGAUAAAGAUGGCGAACCAAAGGCUGGAGAGGAGGAGGAGCGAACAUGCCUGGAAGUGUAUCACUGUUCAUUCUGCUGUGCGUCUGUGUCGGAGCUGCUGCCGCUGAAGGCCAGAAAACCAUCACAGCUGACACUGGACAGAGCACCACUUUAUCAUGCCAAGCUCCAAACAGCAGCAUCAUAGUGAUAGAGUGGAGCAGAGCUGACCUGGGAGACGAAUAUGUCUUUUUGUACCGAGAUGACCGGAGUCUUAAUGACAGCCAGCAUCCAUCUUUUAAGAACCGGGUGGAUCUGCAGGACAGACAGAUGAAGGAUGGAAACGUGUCUUUGAAUCUGAAGAAUGUGACGAUUAAUGACACUGGAACGUACGAGUGUCGUGUCUUCAUGGAAAAAACACGCUCAUGGAUAUCUGUCUGCAAUAUCACACUGAGUCUUGAUCCUCCAGGGCAGCCGGGAGGUGACGAGGAGGAUGGAGAGAAGAAGGGACAAAGAA